AUGUUUGGAAACACAAUGACUACACUAAUAAUGAAAUUCCCUAAAACCUUUGCUACAUUAUUCUUCACUUUCUUGUUAUUUCUUGUCAAAAUUCAUGGAUCCAAUCAUCCACUUGAUCCUCUCACCCCAUUUGAACUAAAUCAAGUCCAAACCCUAGUGAAAAAAUCCCACAAAAAUGCAACUUUUCACUAUGUAGGAUUGGAAGAGCCAAACAAACAAGAGAUCCUUACAUGGAUGUCCCAAACUCACUCGAAAAACUCGGCGCCGAGCAAUCGUAAAGCCUAUGUGGUCGUGCGCGCCAAGUCCAAGAGCCAUGAAAUCAUCGUAGAUUUGUCGAAAAACUCAAUUUUAUCCGAUGAAGUUUACACCGGAAAUGGCUUCCCAAUGCUCAACAACGAGGAGCAAACCAUCGCUAGUAAGUUGCCGCAUAAGUACGCGCCAUUCCAAGCAUCGAUUGCGAAAAGAGGGUUAAAUUUGAGUGAAGUUUUGUGUGAGGUUUUCACCAUGGGAUGGUAUGGAGAGAAGAGUGAUACAAGGAAGGUUAGUGUCCUGUGCUAUUACGUCGAUGGUGCCGUAAACUUCUACAUGAGGCCUAUAGAGGGCAUCAUGGCCAUUGCCGAUCUUGAUAAAAUGAAGAUCGUGGAUUAUCGUGAUCGCGCCGUGGUUCCUAUCCCGAAUGCGAAGGGCACCGACUAUAGGGAGUCCGAACAAAACCCUCCUUUCGAUACUCGGGUUAAGGGUAUGACAAUAUCCCAACCCGAUGGACCUAGCUUCGCGCUCGAUGGUAACCGAGUGAGGUGGGCUAAUUGGGAUUUCCAUAUAGCUUUCGACAUGAGGGUCGGUCCCGUGAUAUCGUUGGUGUCGAUCUACGAUCAUGAGAAGGAUAAGUACCGUAGUGUUUUGUAUAGAGGAUAUGUAUCGGAAAUGUUUGUGCCGUACCAAGACAUGUCUGAGGAGUGGUACUUUCGAACAUUCCUUGACGCCGGGGAGUUUGGUUUCGGCAUUGCGGCAAUGCCACUCCAACCCUUAACAGAUUGUCCCAAGAAUGCUGUUUUCAUUGACGGUUAUUACACCACGCGAGAUGGAACUAUUGCAAAAACACCGAAUGUUCUUUGUAUAUUUGAACGAUAUGCCGGAGAUAUAAUGUGGCGCCACAGUGAAUCUCAGCUUCCGGAAGAACUAACGGAGGUCAGACCAGAUAUUACACUUGUUGUAAGAAUGGUAUCCACUGUGGCUAAUUACGACUACAUUAUUGACUGGGAAUUCAAGCAGAGUGGUGCCAUCAAAGUCACAACUAGUUUAUCAGGAAUGCUCGGGGCGAAAGCAUCGGUGUAUACUCACAAGGAUCAAAUAGAAGAUGAAGUAUAUGGUACACUGGUGGCGCAAAAUUUGAUCGGGGCACGCCACGACCAUUUCCUCACAUUUUAUCUCGACCUAGACAUAGACGGUGUGGCCAAUUCGCUCGUGAAAAAUGAGCUUCAAACGGUGCGCGUGGUGGACGAGACCUCGCCAAGAAAGAGUUACUGGAAGGUUAAUAAAGAAGUGGCUAAGACAGAGUCGGAAGGCAAGGUUCAACUAGCCUCGGGGGCGACUGAGAUCAUAGUGAUAAACCCUAACAAGAAGACCAAAAUAGGUAACGAUAUCGGCUACCACUUGGUGCCCGGGCCCAUAGUCGGGCCCUUGUUGUGGAAAUAUGAUCACCAACAAAUCCGCGGCGCGUUUAGUAACUAUAACUUGUGGACAACACCAUAUAGCAAGGCGCAAAAAUGGGCCGGAGGUGCAUUUGUCGAACAAGGUCAUGGAACCGAUACUUUGGCCCAAUGGACCCUAAGGGAUAGGGAGAUCGAGGAGAAGGACAUAGUGGUGUGGUACACAAUGGGUUUUCAUCACGUGCCAGUGCAAGAAGACUAUCCAAUAAUGCCCACAGUGAGUAUCGACUUCCAGCUGAGGCCUGCAAAUUUCUUCGAAUACAAUCCUGUCCUUAAAGUCAAGUCUGCUAAACCACUCAUCAAAUGGUCCAACUGCUCUGCGUGACCAUCUCAAAUUUAUCAUUUUAAUCUAAUAAUAAUAAUUCAAGAUCAUAUGUAUUGUAUGUUUUCUUGAAUAUAUAUAUAUAUAGAUAUAUAUAUAACACUCUUCUUCUGAGUGCUAUUUACUUAUUGCUUGAGCUUUGUUUAUUUGUACUUCAUUCGUCUUGUAAUAAUAGAUACAUUUUGCUA